CGCUCAGUGUCAGAGUAACGCGGAGUGUUGGAGAGAGCCAUGAUGGCCGCUCACAAUAAUUUUGUCUACAGUUUAAUCAUACUAUGUGUAUUUGUAGGCGUUUUGGAUAGUACACAAACCAAUAAAAGAAUAGAAAUAAAGGCGCUUCAACCGCACCACACAGCUGACGAAUGUAGGAUUACACCAUUGCUUCAGUCCUCUGUAGGUAGUACGGCGAGAUGUAACAAAUUUGUUGGCAGAUAUGUGGACGGACCAUUCGUCAAAAACCUCACCGUAUGUCACAUAACGAAAAAUGAAACUGUUUUGCAAUAUCAAUGUGUUGAAGGCUCGUGGAAACUUACAACAGGAACAGAUUUCCAUCUUCGGAGUAGAAGAUUCCCUUGGGGUGCCCUUUUUGGUUUAUUAACGGCCGCUGUAAAAUUGGUUACUGUAGUAUACUGUACCGAAAAAUAUGGAAACGUGGAAUGUAAAGAAACAGAGGUAGAGCCAAAAGACCUUGUUGCACCAACCUAUACAACCUGUCCACCAGCUGAUAUCCAGUCUCUCUAUACGGCCAGUAGGAAGCAAAAGACUGUACAAGUCACGUGGACGGAUCCUACUGCAACGGACGACGAAGAACUUAUCUCAAAUGAACAGACUUGUUGUCAGAAUAAGAAAGGUGAAGAAUUCCAAGGACUGCCAGGCGCUGGUCUUCCUCACAGUAUAACUUAUACAGCAAAAGACAACUAUAGACUUUCCGCAACUUGCAACUUCAACUUUGUCGUGACAUAUCUGAGUUGCAAUGAACCAGAUAUACCAACUAAUGGCAGGAAGGUGUCAUGUCCGGAUGGUUAUAUAUACGGAGGAGAAUGCACUUUUGAGUGUUACACUGGUUAUGAGAUGGUCGGAAGUGAUACAGCCACGUGUCAACAGGAUGAGACAUGGGAUAACACUCCUAUAUGUCAAAAGGUUGUAUGUGACGCACCAUUUGAAUUAACUAAUGGAAAAGUAGCAUGUGAUGAUCCAAGUUAUCCUUUUGAUGACGACUGUAUGUUUACAUGUGACGAUGGUUUUAAACUAACUGGAUCAACAAAAAUGACAUGCAAGGCGGACAAAACUUGGUCAGUGGAUGCUUCUCAAGUAAGCUGUAUCGAUGAUGAUUCGCCAGUGAUAGAAUGCACUACUACUCAAGUGUUCUAUGCUGACCGCGGGAGUUUUUAUACUUCUGUCACGUGGGAUGUGCCAACAGCAACAGAUAACGUCGAUCCGAAUCCAUCCAUUAUACAAAUAUCAGGUCCUUCUCAAGGUCAAGUCUUGUCAGAAGGUUUUCACUCUGUGGAGUACAAAGCGACUGAUAGCGAAGGCAACUCGCACCCAGCACUGUCCGAAUGUACCAUUGUGAUUGAAGUGAAAGUAAUUAGGUGUUCAACUGGUCCCACGGAUGCUUUAGACGAGCCCCGUUUUAUGACGUAUAACUGCAGCGAUACGUCGUUCUAUAACGGUGUGGCCUGUUAUCUUGACUGUGAACUGAACUUGCCCUUGAACGGAACCGAUUAUAUGACAUGUGAAUAUGAUGGAAGUACUGACAAAGGGGUUUGGAACUGGGGAACCGGACACCAGCCAGUGUGUGAAGUCGUCGAAUGCCCUGCUUUAGACCCUCCUGGUAACGGCGCUUUUACGACAGAUUCUGUAAAUGCGAGACCCCUUCACGUUAUGUUUUGUCAAAAUGGUUACGACAUAUCGUCCGUUGGAUCUGAAUUCCAUGGGAGGUUAUCGUGUCAAGACAGUGGAGAGUGGUAUCCCUUGGACGCUUUUCCUGACUGCAUUGUGUCCAUACUUCCGUGGUUAAACUUGCCGGCAGAACUCUACUAUGAAGGAAAUUGCAAUGACGAAGCGACAAAAAAUGAGAUCAAGCAGAAAGUUUUAGAGUACCUAGCAGGAGUGCAGGCUGACGUGGAUAAAUCAAUAUGUCCUGAUGUCAACACCUGCAAAGUAGAAAAUGUUGUUGUCGUCUGCGGGGAAAUUUCUGGUAGAAAACGACGAUCAUCUGGGAAGCAUAUUAUUCACAAGCGUAAUACUGAUUAUGCUUCAGUCACUUUUGACAUAAAGGUACUUUUUGAACAAGGAAACAAGACUACACAAGACGCCUAUAUCGGACUUUUGGACGUACUGAAUGCCAUUAAAGACUUGAUACAAGAGGAUGUGAACAACGGUGAAUUGAAUGUGUAUACAGAUUUAACCUUGUCACAAAGUGACGGGUUUGUGACUGCUGAUAACCCGAAUUUACUUUGCGAUUCUGGAUACAAAGUAGAUACAGGAAGUUCAUCAUGCAAACCCUGUCCUCCAGGUACAUACUUAGAUUCGGGAACAGGAAACUGCGAGUACUGUGGUAUCGGCGAGUACAUGGACCAUGCAGGUGCCAUUGAAUGUAAUGCUUGUCCUGAAAGCCAUAGCACCUUGUCAACAGGAUCUAAGGACAUAAGCAAAUGUAUCAAAUUGUGCAGUCCAGGAUUCUUCUCAAGUUCUACAAUGGAACCAUGUUCUGCUUGUGAAGUUGGUAACUAUCAGCCCCAGGAAGGCCAAAUAGAGUGCAUGGCGUGCCCGUCUGGAACUGCCACAAACAAAACUGGCAGUACUUCCGCUGACUAUUGCGAUUACUUUGACAUUUCUGUGGAUACAUUGCCUCAGAGAACAGAUAUUGGCUCUUUUUCUACAGACGAAAUCACGGUCAUUUCAGCGUCGGUUUGGCUGAAACUUUGCAAUAACGAGAAUUCAGAUUUAUCAAUUUUUAUUGCGGAUUCAGCAGGCGAUAUUAUACAUUUGAAUUUUUCCAAUACAAUUUCAAUUCAAGCCGGCACCAGCAAUGCCAUACAGACAAGCAAUACAUUGUCAUGGAAACAUUGGACUCACAUCAUAAGUACUGUAGACAUAGCUUCGGGAACCCUGAAGCUGUAUGUUGAUGAAACAUUGGUGGUUGAUGAGACAGGAGUUUCAGUUACCCCUAGGCCUGUCACUGCUGGCAGUAUCCAUAUACUCUCGGGUUUGAAAGGAAUGUACAUUUCUGGUUUAGUUCUGUAUGGUCGCCAUUUAAGUAACGUUGAUAUGACUUCACUAUCCCAGACAUGCGCAGUGACAUCAAAUGAUGAAAUAUUCUCGAUGACAAACGUUUUGCCCAAUAUUGUAGAAGGAAUUGUUGUCAUAACACCAACAACAUGUGACCCGGUUGAUGAGUGUGCUAGUGAACCGUGUGGCGAUCACACGUGCAUCAACAUGGUUAAUGAAUUCCAAUGUAUAUGCCACGGAGGAAUGACAGGCGAGUUGUGUACUGUCCACCCGGACUACUGUCUCGGCAACGCCUGUGUUAAUGGUACCUGUGUACCUGAAAAUGGAACAUAUACAUGUAGCUGCAAUAAUGGGUAUAGCGGAGCAUUUUGUGACACACCUCCAGUGAACGGAGGAUGGUCACAGUGGGUUGAAUGGAGUGGAUGUGACGUCACAUGCGAUGGUGGUACCGGUCUAGAAACAGAAAUUGCAACAAUCCUCCUCCCGUUUUAUGGGUAAUGACUGUGAAGG